AUGGCGCUCCAGUGCCGCGAUCACGCUGUGAGGAUGUUUCAUCUAGCUAAAAUUUUGCAGCGUAUAAGUCAUUAUGAUAAUUCCUCUGAAAAUGAAAGAUGUUUCCAUUUAAUUAAGCAGCUGAGAGGCAUGAGUGUGGUGUUAGUGCUACUUCCUAUGGUGCUGUUUGUUAUGCUUGCGGGGGCUCAGCGAGCUUGCCCCAAGAACUGCAGAUGCGAUGGCAAGAUUGUGUACUGCGAGUCUCAUGCAUUCAGAGACAUCCCUCAGAAUAUUUCUGGAGGGUCUCAAGGCUUAUCGUUACGGUACAACAGCAUUCAGAAGCUUAAAUCAAAUCAGUUUGCGGGCCUGAAUCAGCUCAUAUGGCUUUAUCUUGACCAUAAUUACAUCAGCUCCGUGGAUGAGGAUGCAUUUCAGGGGAUCCGCAGGCUGAAGGAAUUAAUUCUAAGCUCCAACAAAAUUACCCAUCUGCACAACAAAACAUUUCACCCAGUCCCCAACCUCCGCAAUCUGGACCUCUCUUACAACAAGUUGCAAGUGUUGCAGUCUGAGCAGUUCAAGGGCCUUCGUAAGCUCUUGAUCUUGCAUCUGCGGUCUAACUCGCUGAAAACUGUGCCGAUCCGAGUUUUCCAAGACUGCCGAAACCUUGACUUUCUGGAUUUGGGCUACAACCGCCUGCGGAGCUUAUCCCGUAAUGCUUUCGCUGGCCUUUUGAAGUUGACGGAGCUCCACUUGGAGCACAACCAGUUUUCUAAGAUCAAUUUUGCCCACUUUCCACGCCUCUUCAACCUUCGCUCGAUUUACUUGCAGUGGAAUAGGAUCCGGUCUAUUAGCCAAGGGUUAACGUGGACUUGGAGUUCCUUGCACAACUUGGAUUUAUCAGGAAAUGACAUUACAGGGAUAGAGCCUGGGACCUUCCAGUGCCUCCCCAACCUGCAAAAGCUGAACCUGGAUUCCAACAAACUCACCAACAUCUCUCAGGAGACCAUCAAUACAUGGAUCUCGCUCAUCUCCAUCACUCUGUCUGGAAAUAUGUGGGAAUGUACUCGAAGCAUUUGCCCUCUCUUUACUUGGCUUAAGAACUUCAAGGGAAAUAAAGAAAGCACGAUGAUAUGUGCAGGCCCUAAACAUAUCCAGGGUGAAAAAGUGAGCGAUGCCGUGGAAACAUAUAAUAUCUGUGCUGAAAUCCAGGUGGUGGUUACUGAAAGAUCCUACCAGGCACCCAAAACCCCCCAGAGACCUGUCUUCAUUCCUAAACCUACCAUUUCCAAACUUGAAAGCAAUCAGCCAACAUCUGCUAUGCCAAGCCCUUCUGCAGACCUCCCAACGCCUGGAGUAGAACCAGAGUACGAGCACGUUUCCUUUCACAAAAUAAUCGCUGGGAGCGUGGCCCUCUUUCUUUCCGUGGCCAUGAUUUUGUUGGUUAUCUACGUGUCGUGGAAGCGCUAUCCAGCCAGCAUGAAACAGCUCCAGCAGCACUCUCUCAUGAAGAGGCGCAGGAAAAAGGCCCGCGAGUCUGAAAGGCAAAUGAACUCCCCUUUACAGGAGUAUUACGUGGACUACAAGCCAACAAACUCUGAGACCAUGGAUGUAUCGGUUAAUGGAUCUGGGCCCUGCACGUAUACCAUCUCUGGCUCCAGGGAAUGUGAGGUAUGA